UUCUCUUCCAAUUCUUUUCAUCUUCUUCUCUGUGUAUGGAUGUUCAAUUCUCUCAUUACAGGGUUCGUUGUUCUCACUAAAAGUUUAGGGUUUUUUCGUUUUCGUUCAAUUACAUUAUGGAUUUUGAGAGAAAAGUUUUUAUUGGAGGACUUCCAUGGGCGGUAACUGAAGAUAUUCUGACUGAUUACUUCAGUAAGUUUGGAGAGGUUGUUGAAUCUACCAUAGUAAGAGAUAAAGUCACAAAAAACAUCAAAGGGUUUGGGUUUAUUCUCUUCUCGGAUUCAUCUUCUGUUGAUAAAGCUCUUGAAGAAAAUCACACCAUACUUGGAAGAGUGGUAGAUGUGAAAAGAGCAUUACCAAGAACUGAACAGCAACUCGACCGUUCAUAUCAAACACAUGGUAACAGUAGUAUUAGUGUGAGUAAUGAUGUUCAUAACAAUGGCUGGUUUAAGACUAAGAAGAUAUUUGUGGGUGGACUGUCUACUAUAACUAAAGAAGAACUGAGUAGUUUUUUUGGAAAAUUUGGUAAUAUUACCGAUGUAGUCGUGAUGUAUGAUAAAUUUACUCAGAGAGCUAGAGGUUUUGGGUUUAUUACUUUUGAGUCGGAAGAAUCUGUAGAGAAAGUCAUGCAGCAGAAUCACUAUGAAAUGAACGAUGUAUCGGUGGAGGUCAAAAGAGCUAUACCUAGAGAUGGGAACAAUAGUCAUCACUCAAGCAAUGGUUUUGGUACUCUUGAUGGAAGAGGAUAUCGUCACGAUAGUAAUGCAUGGGCUGGUCAUCACUUUAGUACUGGUCCUAAUCACUUCAGUACUUAUCCACCGUAUGUUCCUUUUUAUCCCCCUACUGAUGCUAACCCUAUGUUUUUGCCUGGAUACGGUAUGGUUCCGCUGAAUCGUUUUGGAGGCGCAAUGCCAUACUACAACGGAUGCAACUAUCCCAGCUACAUGAAUGAUGCAAGAGUUGGUGUGAAUCAGGUUACUGACAGGACUGAUGGAUCAGCUGUGAAUGACGAACAAAAUGGAGGUAACAUCGAGUAAUACAGUUUUAACUCUCUUGACAUAACUAACUUUUGAUCAAAGUUGAGUUAGAUUUUCUUUUCCGCUUAUCCGUGACUAUGGAGGAUAGGGAUCUUCUUUGUAAAGAAGUUUAUUUAUAUAAUUUUGCAAAUUGGAUGAUUUAUUCUUAUUAUUUAUUUAUGUCUAUUAUAUCAUUGGUGACAU